AUGGGAAGGCAACGCGGGCCAGAAGCCGAGAGACGUCGCCCGUGGUUCGUUCGCAACAUGUCGGCCUCCCGGGCGCGGGGCGCUACCUCGGAUCCGGGGCACGGGGGCCGCAGGAGGGCCUGGGUCGAGCUGCUGGCGGGAAGGGUCAAGAGGCAGCAACUGGGUCCUGAAGGUGAGCAGAAGGUCAGGGGGUCGGCUGUGCGCCUCUUGAGGAGCCACCUAAACCUGGGCGACCUGGUGCUUGAGGUAGACGGUCCUCCCCGUGAACCGCUGUGUCUCCGCCGGUUGAUUGAUUGUGAUGGUCCUGGGGCCCACACUGACCUUUCCAGUUCAUUGAUAGGCUCUGCUUUGCGGGACCAAGCUGCGCGGCUGGGUGUUCCAGCGGCCGUCCUGUCCAGCCAGGUGGUGGCCUCUGGCCUCGUGCAGGUGUGUGAAGCAGAUGCAGGUCCCCCUCCCAAGGUGCUGAUGAUGCCGGACCAGAGGAAGAAACUGUCUUCGUUGUUUGAGAUCGCUCAGAAUUUAUUAGCACAAAGCAUGUUUUCCCGUCUUUCCUUCUGUCAAGAAUUAUGGAAAGUACAGAAUUCUUUGCUGCUUGAAGCUGUGUGGCACCUUCAUGUUCAAAACAUUGUAAGCCUCCAAGAGCUGCUGGAAAGCCAUGCCGACUCUCAGGCCGUGGUGGCCUGGCUCUCCAGGGACCUGCGCCUGCUGUGUGAGCAGACAGAGGCACCCUGUCAGCACGCCGACGUCGCCAGGGCUAUGCUUUCUGAUUUUGUGCAAAUGCUUGUUUUGAGGGGAUUCCAGAAGAACGUGGAUGUGAGAGGAACCGUGGAGCCGGAGUGGAUGUCCCAGGUGGCCGUUGCUGUUCUCGAGAGGAUGCUGGCUUCCGCGCUCGAAGCUCUGGCGGCCGGGAUACAGGAGGGGUCCGCAGCACACAAGGCAGUGAGCUGCUGGUUCAGUGUGUUCAGUGGACACAUGUAUCGAAGUAUAAUUUCAACCGAGUCUCCAAAGAGGUUCUUCUGUCACACUCUGACCCAGAUCCUCACCUACAAGCCUGUGCUGAAAGUUUCCGACGCUGUUCAGAUGCAGAGAGAGUGGAGCUUUGCAAGGACCCCGCCUCUGCUCAGUGGCCUGUACCGUAGGCUCUUCGUGAUCCUGAGCCCAGAGGAGCUGGUGGGCUGCUUACAAGAAGUUCUGGAGACACGGGAGGUGAACUGGCAACACGUGCUGUCCUGCGUGUCCACACUGGUGAUCUGCUUGCCAGACGCACAGCAGCUGGUUAACGGUUGGGUGUCGCGUUUGCUGGCUCAUGCGUUCGAGAGCUGUGACCUGGACAGCAUGGUCUUGGCGUUCCUGGUUGCACGGCAGGCUGCGCUGGAGGGCCCAGCUGCCUUCCCGUCCUAUGCCGCCUGGUUCCAGGCCGCCUUCGGGAGCGCAAGGGGCUACCACAGCUGCAGCAAGAAGGCGCUGGUCUUCCUCUUCAAGUUCCUGUCUGACCUCGUGCCCUUCGAGGCCCCCCGGUACCUGCAGGUGCACGUCCUCCACCCGCCGCUGGUUCCCAGCAAGUACCGCGCCCUCCUCACCGACUACGUGGCGCUGGCCAGGACGCGCCUGGCCGACCUCAAGGUUUCUAUAGAAAACAUGGGGCUCUAUGAGGAUUUGUCUUCAGCUGGGGACGUCACCGAGAACCAUGGCCCUGCUCUGCUCCUGCCUUUUCUUUUAAAUCUUCUGUUCUUUUCCGUCCUCCCCGCUUGGAGCCAGCCCCACCGCCAAACGUCCCAGGAUGUUGAGAAGGCCAUCAUGGUGUUUGAACACACGGGGAAGAUUCCCGCCGCCGUCCUGGAGGCCAGCAUAUUCCGGAGGUCCUACUACCUGUCCCACUUUCUCCCCGCCCUGCUCACACCGCGAGUGGUCAGUACACGUCGCCGUGAACGUGGGGCCGGGUCGGCAGAGAGCGGGGUCCCUGUCGGCGUCUCACCCAAGUCCUGUCUUCCCUCUCAGCUCCCGAGGGUCCCUGAUUCCCGGGCCGUUCUCAUAGAGUCCCUGAGGAGAGCGGAGAAAAUUCCCCCCUCCUUAUACUCCACCUACCGCCAAGCCUGCUCCACUGUCAGAGAGAAGCCAGAAGAUGCAGCCUCGCGAAGGGAGGUGGAGCCCAGCUGUGCGGAGGAGCCGCUGGGCCUGCUCACAACUGCCCUGCGAGAGCUCAGGGCCUCAGUGACAGAUCCCACCCAGCAUGACGCGUUGUCGGCUCAGAUGGCAGUGAUCUCUGAACAGCUCCGCUCCGCCCUGGGCCUCAGCGAGGAUGACAGUGACGUCGAGGGGGCCCCGGUUCAGCUCAGCGUCCGGGCCCCCGAGCUGCAGCCGUGGGAGCAGAGGGUCGUGGACCUCCUGCUGACGUCUUUCUGUCAGAACCUCAUGGCGGCCUCCAGCGUCGCCCCACCGGACAGGCAGGGCCCCUGGGCCGCCCACUUCGUGAGGACCCUGUGCAGACGCAGGCUCCUGCCGGCUCUGCUUAGCAGGCUCUGCCAACUGCUCCGUCACCAGGGCCCGAGCCUGAGUGCCUCACAUGUGGUGGGGUUGGCUGCCCUGGCCGUCCACCUCGGCGAGUCCAGGUCUGCCCUCCCGGAGGUGCAUGUGCGCCCUCCCACCCCUGCCAGGGGCCUGCCCGUCCCCGAGCUCUUCGACAUCCUCCUGCCCUGUAGGACCCAGGAGUCCUCGGCCCUGUGUCUGAAAUUUUGUACAGCGGCAAUUUCUUAUUCUUUGUGCAAGUUUUCUUCCCAGUCACGUGACAUCUUGUACAGCUGUUUGUCUCCAGGCCUUAUAAAAAAGUUCCAGUUCAUCGUGUUCAGAUGGUUCUCCGAGGCCCGAGACCCGCCCUCUUGGGAGGACCCGGCCAGCUCCCCCUGGAGGCCCCUGUGCCUGCCCUCCGCGGACUGGCGGCGAGCCGCCCUCUGCCUGUGGAAGCAGAGGACCUCGCGGGAGCUGCUGCAGCGGGAGGGGCUCCGCUUGACUUACAGAGACUGGUUACAGCUGGAACUAGAAAUUCAGCCUGAAGUUGAUUCUCUUUCAGAUACAGAAAGGCGGGACUUCCACCAGUGGGCCAUCCACCAGCACUUCCUCCCCGCGCCCUCUGCCACCGGGGGCUGCGACGGAGACCUGGAAGUCGCCUGCGCCACGCUUGUCGACGUGCUCAUGGACUUCUGCCAAAGUUCAAGGAGUUAUGAUCACUCAGAGAAUUCUGAUUUGGUUGUUGGUGGCUGCACAGGAAAUCGGGAUAUUUUUUCCAGAUUGCAGGAGAUGGCUGCUGACCUGGAGCAGGGCCCAGCGCCCCUCGGCCAUGCUGCUCCCCGGGGCCACUUCCUCUUUGGAGUUUUCUGCAGACGCCUCCAGGCCCUGGCUCGAGGGUGGGACGUGGCCAGCCGCCUGCAGCGACAGCGGGAGCUGCUCAUGUGCAAACGCAUCCUCCUCGGCCUGCCCCCCUCCGUGCUUGUCGGCAGCCCCCGCUUGGAGCAGUUGGCCGCCCCCGACUGCAAUGACUUCUUCCACUUGGUCAACUCGGAGCUGAGAAACUUCUCCCACGACGGCGCCCUGACCCACGACAUCACGGCCCACUUCUUCAGGGGGCUCCUCAACGCCUGUUCACGAAGCAGAGACCCCUCCCUGGCAGCCGACCUGACCCUGACUGCCUGCCAGACCCAGUGCCCCUUGCUUCUGACCUCUGCUCUGCUGUGGUGGCCGCACCUGGAGCCCGAGCUUCACCACCGGUGGAGGAGAUGCUCCCAGAGCCCGCUGCCUGCAGAGCUGCGGAGGCUGCAGGAGGCCCAGCACUUUGCCGCGAGCGUCCUCUCCCCCCUUGCGGCACCCUCCACACCCGGCCCAGCCUGGCUCUGCGCGGCUGCCCUGCACUUCGUGAUUCGACGGGCCGGGAAGGAGAGCAUCCGACAGGAGCUGGGGCAGCUGGACGGCCAAGGAGAGGAGCUGUUGGUUUUCCUGUUUUUUUUUUCCUUGAUGGGCCUGCUCUCUUCACAUCUGACCCCGCAGGCCGUUGGCUCCCUGAAGGCUCUGGACGUCUGUGCCGAGGUCCUGGGGUGUCUGCAGAGGAAGAGGAUUUCCUGGCUGCCGCUCUUUCAGUUGACGGAAGCGGAUGCCGGCCUGGGGCGCACCCUCCUCCGCCUGGCCCCCGACCACCAGGUCAGGCUGCUGCCGGUCGCCUUCUACAGCCUCCUGUCCUACUUUGACAAGGACGCCCUCCUCCAGGAAGAUGCCUUCCUGCACGUUGCUGUUAACAUGUACCUGAAGCUCGUGGGCCUCUUCGUGGCUGGGGAGACUGGUGCAGUCUGGACUCCGGCCCACGGUGGGGAGCUCCAGGCCCAGGGCGACCCCGUAAGCCUGAUAACAAACGCUCGUCUUUUUCUGCUGCAGUCGAUACCUCGGUGCCCAAAAAGGAGCUUCUCAGAUGUGGCAGAGCUGCUGGGCGCGAGUGCGGACUGUGACCCGGAAGUGCGUGCCGCCCUCCUCCGCAGGCAGCAGGCCGUGCUGGACCCUGAUCUCUGCCAGGAGCUCCGUCUCUUCUGACAGGACCUGCACAGGGCACGGCCCAGCUCCUCGGUAAAUAAUUUAUUACAAGCGUAACGUGGAGCUCUCGUUGCCCUGAAAAGUGGGUUACAAACCUCGACUGCAUCAGCGGGGAAGAGGAAUCAAUUCUUUGAAGUCUGCCUCUGGCCCCAAGUCACUCUGUUUACAGGAGAAGAAACUGCCGGUCCCGGAGCAGAAGCCACAAGGCCCCGUGCGCUGUGUGCUGAGCCCCUGCCACCCAGCAUGCGGGGCGGGGGCUCGUCGGGGUGCAGAGCUGUGCCGUCAGGCCUGAACCCCCGUCACUGCCCGCUGAGCUCAGGGGCGGGCGUGCCCUCAGGUGGGCUCAGCCUUCACGGCCUGCCCCGCCACGGGCCCAGGCGGGGGCUCCGGGGCCUUGUCCGGGGUCUGCGUCAGGGGGUGCACCAUGGACAUGUGCACGUUGAGGUUGUGAGCCUUUUCGAACCGCCGGCCGCACUGGUCGCAGGCGAAGUCCAGCUCCGUCUCGGCCUUGUGCUUGGUCAUGUGGUACUUCAGGGAUGCCCGCUGCCGGCACUGGAACCCGCAGACUUCGCACCUGGGGGCCGGGGGCAGGUGAGCCAGGGCACCGCUGGUGGGAGAAACCCCCCGCCCCCCCACACUUACUGCAGGGGCUUGGCUCCUGAGUGGCGCAUCUGGUGAACCAGGAGGUGCUUCCGCUGCUUGAAGGUCUGCCCACACUCGUCACAGAUAUAGUUCCGCACCUCUGGGGACCAGAGAGGCAGUGACCACAGGCCCUGACACCCUCCCCUCAGUGCCCGAGUGCCUUACAGGUGACACAGCUCUGAUACAGAGCCCUCCGUGUUGCCUGAAAUUGUCACCUGGCUGCGGCUUCCUCUCCAACUACUGUGUACAUUUCACCUGGAGCCUGUUUUCUUGCCCUUUAGGCCAAUUUCCUUGAGCACAAAUUUUUAGAGGAAGCCAAAUCAGUAAGGUUUCAUAGAUAACGACUGAUCACAGCUGCUGCUACUCUAAGACCCACCGCCACACUGGGCCCACUGCAGGGUACCCACUGCAAAGGCAAUCUUAACGCUCUUGAACAGAACUUGAACCGUCACGCCCCACACCAGUGGUUCCACUGCGGGCCGUGCCAGUGGGGCAGCUGCCACGCGCUUCCCGCCCCGCGUCACUGCACGUCCCACUGCUCAUCUACCAGCACCUGAACCAGCCUCCCAGGCAGGCUCCUCCCUCACCAGGGGGCAACCGUCCCGACAGCACCCGAUCUGGCCUCUUCUGUGUCAAAAACAAAAACUGCUUGUGGUCACGACCACUGGCAUCCAGACUGAGAACAGCUUGACCCAACCCAAGAGAAUGACUGUGUUUGUUAGGAGACACAGACAAGAACACUUGGAGCAAAAAACACAGGAAAACUGUUUCGCUGUGGAACCAACAAGUAAAUGCGCGCCAACAAUUAAAUGGUCAAAUCUGA